AUGGGCCGAGGGGUGCAUCCGGCGCAGGUGCGCCAGGCGGCGUGGGGAGAGCCGCCCAAGAAGGCGCCGAGCUUCAAGAAGCUACCGGUAAGGGCAAAGGCGACAACGGCUGUCGCGCCGUUCCAUGAUAAGCGCUCGCCCGCGACCUUGGCGAGUCGCUUCCGGCUCCGCUACGAGCGCCUGCGGCUCAUCGUGUCCCUUCUGCCUACAAUCGUCUCUCGCCUCGUUGGCCGGCGCGUUUCGUGGCUUGGUUCGUCCAGCACGACCGCCUUCUCGAGCCGCGGUGGCAGCACCCGCUCGCGCCGCCGACGCUCGCGCUACAACUGCGUCCUCGAUGCGUUCGUCGCGCUCCAGAAGCGGCUCGGCGUCGGCGCCGUCGUAAGCAUCGAGGUGGUGCAUCAGCUCUACAUCCUCUUUAGCGUGCCGUACCGCGUCGGCUUUCUCUUCGAUCCGUACGACGGCCAUGUCUCGAAAUCAAACACGUGGUGGCUCUCCCUCUACCUUCUGGCAGCGUGUGACGUGCUGGCGUACGGUCUUGCGAUCUGCAGUCUGCUGCACUCGCUCGUCGAUCGGCGCAAGCUCGCCCAGGUCAAGCCGCGGACCAUUGACGUCUUCUCGAUGAUGCGGCACACGACCAACGCGCAGGCCGCGAUCGUCAAGUUCAGCAUGACGCGCCAAGAGUCGCUUCGGCGCCGGUCGUCGUUCUUAUCAAAAGAAGCGAGCAUGAAGCCCGAGUUCCUCCUCAGCGCGUCGUGGGACGCGGGCCGCGCAAUCCGUAAAGCACACAUUGCGUUGCAGCUCGUCGCGCUGAUUCCGUUCCAGCUCGUGAGCGUUUGGUCGCCCAAUCUACUCCACGUCACGUGCCUUCCAAUGCUGCUGCGGGUCGAGAAGGCAGCCAAGGUCGCCCGCGCGCUCAAGCGGUCCUUGGCCGAGAACGAGCGCCUCCGAGGCUUCCACAACGCCGGCAUGUCGCUCCUCCUCACGUGCGUCGCGCUCAACUUCGUGGCCAUGCACUGGUACGCGUGCAUCUUUAUGCUUGUCAACCACAUCGAGUGCGGCUACGAGAGCAACGCGUGCGGCGUCGGCACGUCGUGGGCGGCCCGCAACCACAUUCUUGGGCCCAAGUUGUUGCACACGUACGUGUACUCGCUCGUCGUCGCGGGCUACGGCUUCUUGAUUCCGGAGACCAACGUGGAGCGUGUCUUUGUGGUCCUGAUCCAAGUCGGUCGAUACAUUGCAUUUGUCGGCGUCGUCUCGGCCUUUGUGUUUCUCUUCGAGUGUCAAAACAGCCGCCGCAACCACUUUAGCGACAAGGUCGACGGCAUCAAAGGGUUUCUCGUCGACAAGCGCGUCGCGGCCGACAUCAAAGCCAAAGUGCUUGCGUUUUACGAGCAUUUCUGGACGGCGCAGCGCGGCAUUCCAGAAGCCACGAUCGUCGCGUCGCUGCCGUCGCACAUUCAAUCCACGUUCCUCCACCAUCUUCGCGCCCGGCUUCUCAAAUCCGUACCGAUCCUGCGCGCGCAGCCCGUCCACAUUAUCAACCGGCUCGUCUUUGAGAUGCGCCGGCAGAGUUACUCGCCCCGCGACUGGGUCUUAUUCGACGAGCGCUGCGAGCACUUAUAUCUGAUGGGCCGCGGACGCAUUGCGAUCAUGCACGCCAAGUCGGACGACAUCCUCGAUGGCCAGUACUUUGGUCUCUCUAUGCUCGUACCCGAACACAUGGCGACGGUCCGCGCCCGCGCAGAAACGUACUGCGAGGUGUACACGCUGACGCGCCAAGACAUCUACGAUGUCUGCUUGAAAUGGGACGCCAAGCAGAUAACGUUUGACGCGAUGGUCGACGGAGUCCGCGAGUCCCUCGUCACGUCGCAGCGGUCGCCGACGUCGCAUGUGGCGAUGAAGAAGUUUCCGGCAGCCAACGCGUGGUUCAUGCCAACAUCGCGCUUCCGCAAGCACUGGGAGUGGGGCAUCAUGAUCGCGCUACUCUUCUUUGCCAUCGACAUUCCGUACCGGCUCUGUUUUGCGCGCGUCAACGACCUUUCGUACACGCUUUUUUCGAUGCGGACAACACUCGACGUCUUCCUCUUCUGCGACGUGAUCUUCCAGUCGCGCUACUUCGCCUUCGUGCAUGACGAGCGCAUCGUCAUCGAUCGCGACAGCAUCUUCCUCUACUACAAGGAGCAUGGCAUGGUCCUCGACUACAUCUCGAACCUCCCGUUCGCGAUCGUCGUCGACUGCCUCCCACUGAGCUUUAAACUCGCCAACGCGGAAGCCGUCUUGGUGCUGCACAUGUGCGAGUGGAUCCGGUUUCUUCGCAUGCGCCACUUGCUGCCGACGAUCAACCGGGUGCUUAAGAAGCUCCAAGUCAACGACACGACGUGUGUGCUCGUGUACCUCUUUUGUUGUCUCCCGAUCGUGUGCCACAUGAGCUCGUGCCUCUGGUACCUCCUCGCGACCUGGAACAGCGCGAGUAUGCUUCCGCAGCACGCGCUCGAGGCAACGGAGUUGACGCGCACCCAGUGCCUCGAGAUGGCGCGCGUCUUCAACAAUUGCACGUGGCUCCUCUAUGACAACGUUGUCUUUGGCGUCUCGAACGACUAUGUCCGCGCCUUUUACUGGAGUGUUGUGAGUCUCGUGACGGUGCAGUUUGGCUCGAUCCUCCCGUUCACGACGGUCGAGUGCAUCUACAUGUUUGCGUGGAUCUUCGUUGGCAGCAUCCUCAACUACGGCGCGAUCGGCGCGCUUGUCAACGCCGUCACGCGCAUGAACGCGUCGACCGAAGCCAAAGACGAGCACCUCAAGCUUGUGCAUCGGUUCAUGCACGCCGAAGGGGUCUCGCGCCACGUGCACCGGGACGUGAGCAGCUACUUCAAGCACCGGUGGACGUCGUCGACCGAACAGCAGAUCCUCACAGCGCUUGCGCCGCUGCCCGACAACCUCCGCCGAGCGAUCCAGUUGUAUCUGCAUGCCAAAGCCGUCGCGAGCAUCCAGCUGCUCCAAGACAUUGACAAGAACGAACUCAAGCACAUUUAUGACAUCAUGGCGCACCGGUCGUACAAGAAAGAUGAGGUGCUCGUGCGCGCUGGCGACGUCGGCGACGAGCUCUACAUCAUCACACGCGGCGCCGUCGAGCUCACGCUCCCUAUCAACGGCGUCCCGACCGCGGUUAUGGUCGUCCACGAAGGCGCUUGCAUUGGCGAGGCGCAGUUUCUCGCGCGAACGCCAUACCCACUGACCGCCACUGUCGUGAGCCCGUCGAUCGAUGUGAGCGUGCUGCACAAGCUCGACUUUGACGACAUCGCCAAGCAGCUAGAAGGCUCCAUGGAGGACAUUGAGGCGCAGUCGAUCCUUAUCAUCAAGAAGGAGCUCGCUUGGCUCGCUAGCAUUCGCGCCAACCUCGACCGUCGCAAGAUUCGGCACGCGAUGCACCGUGCGAACAGCACGGGUCUCUUCUCGGACCCGACGAGGCGCUCGAUGUACGUGGACCCGGGCAUGAACGUCUACCGCGUCUGGGAGUGCGUCCUGCUGAUCGCUGUGCUCUACAAUGUCAUCUCGAUCGCGUACCGCAUCGCGUUUCUCAUGUCGCCAACGCCAGCAACCAUGUCCGUCUUCUCCGUCUUGGACUACGCGACCGACGUCCUCUUCGUCCUCGACAUGUAUAUCAAGCUCAACCACCUCACCUUCUCGGACCGGUACGGGGACCAGGUGACCGAGGUGUCGCGCAUCCGGUGGCACUACCUCCAAUCGCGCAGCUUCAAGCUCGAUGUGCUCGGGAGUCUUCCUCUCUACUACGCAGGGGACUAUGAAGUGAUGACGCUGUGCCGCCUCCCGCGUCUCGUGCGCUGCUUGGACCUCCGCACGCUCUGGGGAGACAUCUCGCAUUACAUCCACGAGCAUGUGAGCGCUGACCGCAUCGCCGAGUACCUCGAGCUCUUCAAGCUCUUUAUUGUGCUCGUUCUCGGCUCGCACAUUGCAGGCGCGGGCUUGUACUUUGUUUCGACGACCGAGGUCGAGGCUGCGAUCGCACACGGCCACGAGCCGCACCACAUUUGGUACCUCCACGACAAGGUCGUCCAUGAGCACCACCACGAGGUUGGCAUCCAGUACCUCCGCGCGUUCUACUGGGGCCUCGGUGUCCUGAGCUCGUUUGACUUUAUGGACAUUGAAGUCACGCUGCUUGCCGAGACGCUGUGGUUUUGUGCCAUUGCGAUCGUCGGAGUCCUCUUCCUCGGCGUCGUCAUUGGCCAAACGUCCACGUCCAUCUACAACGCAAGCAAAGACACGCGGGAGCUCGAGCUGCAUAUCGAGCGCUUCACCCAUUACGCGCGGUCCAAGAACCUGCCGCGCUUUCUUCUCGAGCGCGGAAAACUCUUCUUCCGCUUCCAGCACGACUGCAGCAAGGGCCUCGAUGCACACGAGGUGUUCGGGGACCUGCCGCACCACCUGUAUCUCGACCUUUUCAAGGACCUCUACACGACUUGGGUCCGCAACGUGCCGUACUUUUCCGGUCUACAACCUGCGCACAUCUACAGCAUUGCCGCCAAGCUGCGCCAAGAGCUGUACCUUCCGGGCGACGACAUGGUGCUGGAAGGCGACGUCGCGUCCCACUUUUUCAUCAUGAAGCGCGGUCGUGCCGAAAAGUACCUCAAGACCCACAGGCUCGUCAUCGCGCCGGUGGAGGACGGCGUCGUCUUUGGGGAGGAUGGCUUCUUUCUCGACAUGCGCUACAGCUACAGCGUCCGCGCCGUCAAGUGCAGCGAGUGA